AUGAAGUACGUUCUGGUUUCUGGAGGUGUCAUCUCCGGCGUGGGGAAGGGCAUUAUUGCCUCCAGCACUGGUCUUCUCCUCAAGACUACUGGCCUCACAGUCUCGAGCAUCAAGAUUGACCCGUACAUCAAUAUCGAUGCCGGUACCAUGGCGCCUACCGAGCACGGCGAGGUCUACGUCACAGAUGAUGGUGGUGAAAUGGAUCUCGAUCUCGGAAACUACGAGCGCUACCUCCUGACUUCGCUUACCCGGGACCACAACAUCACCACCGGAAAGGUCUACCAGAACGUCAUCAACAAGGAGCGUAUUGGCCACUACCUGGGCAAGACUGUUCAGGUUGUGCCCCAUGUGACCGAUGCGAUCCAGGAGUGGAUCGAGCGAGUGGCUAGAGUUCCAGUUGACGAAUCCAACGCCGAGCCUGACGUGUGUAUCAUUGAGCUGGGUGGCACGGUUGGAGAUAUCGAGAGCGCGCCUUUCAUCCACGCCCUCAGCCAGCUCCAACGACGGGCUGGAAAGGGUAACUUCGUCCAGAUCCACGUUUCCUACGUCCCUGUCAUCCCCCCCGGGCCGGGCGGAGAACAGAAGACGAAGCCCACCCAGCGCGCUAUGAGCGAUGUGCGUAGCGCGGGUCUCAACCCAGACCUUAUCGCAUGUCGUUGCGAACAGCCGCUCGACCAAAGUACCAUCAACAAGAUUGCCAACAUGUGCUCUAUCGAGCCAUACCAGGUGAUCGCAGUGCACAACGUGACUACCACAUACCACGUGCCCCUUCUGCUCGAGAAGCAGGCGCUGAUUGAUACCAUCAGCCAAAUGCUCGACCUCCGUGCACCGGGUAUGAAGCGUGACCCGGAGCUUGUCGCGCAGGGUAAAUCUAUGUGGAAGGACUGGGUGUCUCCAGCCCGAGGCCAAGACUUCCUCCACGACACUGUGAAAAUUGCUCUGGUCGGAAAAUACACUUCGCUUCACGACGCCUACAUUAGUGUCGGGAAGGCUCUCGAGCAUGCAGCUAUGUACUGCCACAAGAAGAUCCAAAUUAUCUGGGUCGACUCCUCACACCUUGAGGAUGAGUCGGCAUCGCCUGCCGACUACCAUAAGGCGUGGCACUCCGUCUGCACCGCCGACGGUAUUCUCGUCCCAGGUGGCUUCGGUAUUCGCGGCUGUGAGGGUAUGAUGAAGGCCAUUACAUGGGCACGUACUCAGAACAAGCCUUUCCUUGGUGUCUGCUUGGGUAUGCAGCUGGCUGUGCUGGAGUACUGCCGCAACGUGGUUGGCGUUGACGAUGUGGGCAGCGAGGAACUUCACCCAUCGGCCGAAAACCACGCCAUCGUUUACAUGCCCGAGGUUGACAAGGGCAAGCUCGGCGGAACCAUGCGACUGGGCAAGCACCCUUGUAUCUUUCAGGAGGGCACCGAGUGGUCGCGCCUGCGGGCUCUCUACGGGACCUCUGUUUCACAGAUCGAAGAGCGUCACCGUCACCGUUACGAAGUCAACCCUUCUUACAUCGAGAAGAUUGAGAAGGCUGGUCUUUCCUUCAUCGGCAAGGAUGUCAAGGGCGAGCGUAUGGAGAUCGUCGAGAUCAAGGAUCAUCCCUGGUUCGUGGGCGUGCAGUUCCACCCCGAGUAUCUGAGUCGUGUGUUGAGCCCAAGCAAGGCCUUCCUUGGGUUCUUUGCCGCUGCCGCUGGAUGCUUGCCUGAGGUCGUUGAGGCAACCAACCGGGGCCAACGAAGCAUCGGAAGAAAACAAUAG